CAAUAAGAUGGAGCUGGUUAAACCUGAGUGCUUUCCCCCGCACCGGAGAUAUGUUGGGCGCGCCUGACGGCCCAGGUGCGAUGAUCACGGGUUCACUUGAAGUGAUCCUCAGGCCGAAUCGGCCUCAGGUCGGACGUCUAUAAAAGAGGCGACGAUGCUAUGUUGUGAACACGGGCUUGGGAGGGAGAACAAACCAAACGUGAUUGACCACAAUUUGGAUACUGCUGCUUCGUCUCUCGUGACCAUCCGAACAAGAUCUGCCCACCAUGUCGCCGACAUCAGUUCUUACCCCCGAGGAGAAGGAGCACUUCCUGACCCACGGCUGGAUCAAGAUCCCCAACGCCUUCACCAAGGAGCAAGCCGAGAGCAUCACCGGGACCGUCUGGACUCGGCUUGGAUAUGACCCAGAGGACAAGUCGACCUGGACGCGGCUGCGCACCAACAUGCCCAGCCACAGGACCUUCGACGCGGCCGAAUUUGCGCCACGCGCCUGGGCGGCCAUCUGCGAGCUCUGCGGCGGCGAGGACCGCGUCGACCCGUCGUCGCGCACCUGGCGCGACUCGCUGAUCGUCAACCUCGGCGCGGCCGAGCACGAAGGCAAGCCCGUGCCGCCCAAGGAGCUGCGCGAGUGGCACGUCGACGGCGACUUCUUCGUGCACUACCUCGACAGCCCCGAGCAGGCGCUGCUGGUGACGCCGCUGUUCACCGACAUCGUGCCCAACGGCGGCGGCACCUACAUCUGCCCGGAGGCGAUCCCCAAGAUCGCGCGGCACCUGUACGAGCACCCCGAGGGCGUCUCGCCGCGCAUGACCCCGCGCGGCCAGGAGGGCUACAGGCAGGAGAAGGACCUCAGCUUCUGCUGCGGCGUGGCCCAGAGCUGCGAGAACUUCGUCGAGGCGACCGGCCAGCUGGGCGACGUCUACCUGAUGCACCCGCUCAUGCUGCACUCGCCGUCGAGCAACGCGCUGCGCAGGGUGCGCAUCAUCACGAACCCGCCCGUGUCGCUGAAGGAGCCGCACUGCUUCGACAGGGAGGACGGGAACUACAGCCUGGUGGAGCAGUUCACGCUGCGGGCGCUCGGCAAGGACAGGCUGAGCGGCUGGAAGAUCACGGGGCCGAGAGAGAGAGUGGUACCCGAACGGCUCAAGGCGCAGGAGAAGAUGCGCUUGGAGGAGCUGCGACGGCUGGAGGAGCUCAAGGCGAAGGAGGAGCAGCGGGCGGUUAGCGCUGCCGCGUAAUGCAGUUGGCUGUUGCCGGUCUGUGUCGAGUUAGCUGUUAGCAUAUUUGCCCAUCUCACCUGCUAGAAUGCCAUAUCUUCAUAUCAUUGACCUGUUCAGAUCUUGAGAUUGAUUAAUCGAGAACCUAAACGAACCGGGGUGCGUUCCAGAGGGGUACGGUAUCCUGGGCAGCCACCUAGCCG